CUUUUUUUGCCUUUUGCUACUUCAUAUCUGUUUUUACUUCACACUAUUAUUUGAACUGUAUGAAAUUUGCUUUAUAUAAAUAAAGUUUGUAUUUUGAAAACAAAUACCCUAGCUUUCCUUAGCUGUUCAGAUAUGAUAGGUGUUCAUAGUAGUUUAUGGAAAAGCAGUGGAGCAGUGGAGGUAUUUUCUUCCUCCAUCAGCCAGAGAACUAUGAAGGUACAUUGUGAAAUGCAGGAAUUUUAACAAUCGGGACAUCUCUUGAGCUAUUUAUAGUGUUAUAGUGACAAAAAAGUGGUGACUCAAAUGAUCCAUCUUAUCUUUGUACUUCAUGCUUUGCUUUUACAAUGGCAUGUUAGUAAGAUACCAUAACAAAAGAAAGAUAAUAAAGCAGCUGCAAACCUAAUCAGCAUUUUAAAAUUAUAUAACAUACAAUUAACAUAUAUUAAUUGCAAUAAUAGUGAAGUUUUUUGAACUAAUUUGUGACUAACCUUGAAAGUAUUUCAACUUGACUAUGAUUUUUUUUUUUACUAGGAAAUAUGUUACCUAUCUGUAAAUGUUUGUCAGAAUGUUACUGAUUGGGGCAGCACAGGGUGCAGAGGGUAGCAUUGCCACCUCAAAACUCCAAGGUCCGGGGUUUGAACCUGUGUUUGGGUUACUGUCUGUGUGGAGCUUCCAGUGUUCUCCCCAUGUUCAUGUGGGCAGAUCGCUGAACAAUGCAAGUGUAAUUUUAUUUAAUGUGAUAAGAAUGCCACAGGCAAAGGUGGGGCUCAGUUAUUUUGUUUAAACUAUAACCAUAGUCAAAGCCAGUGGGAAAGUCAACACUUUGAACAAAACUUGAGUAUCAUGAUGGCUCAAAGCGACCUGUACAUGGUUUAUCAUGGAUUUUGUCUUCCAAAACUCGCUUACACUGUGGAAAGUCUGAACUAUUUUGAGUCGUUCCAGGUUCAGGAUGACGAUAUUUUUGUAAUUACAUAUCCCAAAUCUGGUACAACAUGGAUGCAGGAAAUACUUCCUCUGCUACUGAAUGGAGGAGAUCUUACUCCUGUGCUCACCCUUCAAGGCUAUGAGAGAGCUCCGUGGCUUGAGGACGUACGUGCUGCUCAAGUUGUAGCCAAGCUGAGUGCUCCACGGGCCUUCAUCUCUCAUAUGCCUUAUCACCUGAUGCCUUUCACCUUCUUCCGUUCUAAGGCUAAGGUCAUCUAUAUUAUUAGAAACCCAAAGGAUGUUGUGGUUUCCUAUUUUUAUUUCCACCAAAUGGCCAGUUUUCUGCACGAUCCAGGAACGUUUGAAGAAUUUACUGACAGCUUCCUUGCAGGGAAUGUGAUGUUUGGAAAGUGGACUGAUCAUGUGAAGAGCUGGAGAAACCCAGAUUUAGGAGACAGAAUUCUCUACAUCACAUAUGAGGAGAUGAUUCAGGAUCUUCGUGGCGUCAUGGAACGCGUUUUAUGUUUUCUUAAUCGGCAGCUGAGUGAAGAUGCUCUGAAUCGCGUGACUGAACAGUGUCAGUUCAAAACUAUGAAGCAAAACAAAAUGUCCAAUUACUCGCUGGCGUCACCGAAACUAAUGGACAACAGCAAGUCACCUUUCCUUAGAAAAGGAAUUGCUGGUGAUUGGAAGAACCACUUCAGCCCUGAGCUUGAGGCCAAAUUCAAUGCAGUCAUUUGUGAAGAACUGAAGGGAACUGACGUGACAUUUCCCUGAGAUGAGGAACAGAAAUGAAAUCCAACUUAUUACACAGAAGAAUUAAAAUAAAUCUAUAAAUCUUUAUAAAUCUGAAAAUCUUUAUAGUCAUAGUAUAAGUAUUUCUGGUUCCUUUCCAGUUUUAGUGCUAUAUCAUAGUGAUGGAAGAAAUUUUCUGUCUCUCCCCUUUUCAAAUCUUAAUUUGGCUUUUCACAUUACAGAAGUUUAGCUUAGUGAAGCCAUAAAGAUCUGUGUCUUCCAUAAAAAAGGCCACUGUACACUCCUGGGCAAAAAAAAACUGGGUCAAGCCCAAAAUUGCAAAUUAUUAAGCUUUUAAUGGUCUUAACAAGAAGUCAUUGGUCAGGAAAUUAGCAAGAAUUAAACAAAUAAAGGAACUUAGCUUUUACCUUUGAUUUCUCGAAAUGUUUAAGCCUUGUGGCCCUUGAUGGGCUGCAUCAGGUGAGGCAGAUAACCAAAUAAUGACUAAUCUUUUAAGAAAAAAAAAACAUCCCAGAAGAUAUUUUUUGAAAAUUUUGUACACCCAGACAUGUGUUAGUUUGAAAUAUACAUCAAACAUUUUAAUCAUUAUCAUGAUUUUACCUUUGCAUUCAAGAAGACUGUAUAAGUAAAUUUCCCUGUUUCUAGCUUUUCCCCAAACAGUUCACUGCAGCAAAUGGUGGCACAGGAGGUCUCAGAGCGUACCAUUCAACAGGUAAAACAUGCCCUGCUUCCUGUGCCUGUGUGGGUUACACUGGUUUCCUCCAGCCUUUCAAAAUCAUGCCUGUAGAUGGUGUGGCUGCUCUAAAUUUGUAGCAAGAAUGAAUAAGAAGGAGUGUGUGUGUGUGUGUGUGUGUGUGUGUCUGUCCAGGUUUUAUCGCAACUAACAGUAAGGUGUUAUCAGCAGUAAAUUAACGAAUACCUAGACUGGAUAUGACAUGAUAUGAUAUGAGUGCAUUGUAUUUCAAGAAUUUCAAUUCAGAAUUAAUAACUUAGUUUAUACUGUAUAUCUUACACAUUAAUAGAUGGAUGGUCCCCAAGAAGAUUUGUAGCACUUACAGUUUUAAAGAAGUUAAGUAAAAAAAAAAAUUACACAAAUGUUUUUUCAAAGUGUCAGGCGGCAGAGAUGGCUGCAGCUACAGGUAAUACGCUUGAUUUCAAAAUUGGCAGACAAAUCCAAACGAGACAAAGUCGAAGUAAAAAAAAAAGGCAAUGGGUCAGUUGACCAGAAAACAGAAAAUACUAGACAAGAUACAAGAAUCAAAAACCAGAAUGCAAAAACAAGAUCGAGAACCAGGUAUUCAGACACAUUGAAUAAAGCUGGGCAUGCCAGGUGAUAAACGACACUGUGUGUGUGUGUGUGUGUGUGUACAUAUAUAUAUAUAUAUAUAUAUAUAUACACACAACACAGACUUGAAGUAUCAGUGUCGUUUAUCACCUGGCAUACCAAGCCUUAUUCAUUGUGUCUGAGUAUAUAUAUAUAUAUAUAUAUAUAUGUGACAAUGAGUGUGUACACUGCAUUUUGAGGCAGCCAUGUUUGUAGGCCAUGAAGUAGUCUGGACUCCGACACAAAGAUGACCAAUAAGCCAAGAAAUUUUCUUCCAUUUUCUUUUAAGCUUAUGAUGAUCAAUAAACUUUAAAACAGCAUGCAUGCAGAAAUCUUUGGAAUUGUUGUAACCAACAUGUUUUGGCUGUUAAAUUUGUGUUAGUGCUUUUAUUUUCCUGAAUUGCUCUUAUGAAUCCUUUCCACAUUGUUUGAAAAAAAGUGUAAGAUGACUUUCUUGAUGUGUCCAGAAUGAUGAACAGAUUAUUUGAUUCUAAAAAGUCCUAUAAUGCAUUGUGAAUGUUGUUAGUAUAAAAUCUACAUUCAGAAUCAAGGGCCUUACUGUAGAGAGAAAAAUGUAAUUGUCUUGCCAGGGCUCAUAGUUCGACGAGGUCUUGAGGGGAUGGAAUAGAGAUGGAAUUUGCAGAAGGGUGUGAAAUCUGUGGACCCUGUCCAGGGUAAUAUUUAUUAGUUUUUGAGCUAGAUACAAUUUUUAAUAGACUCUUUGAGAAGAUCUAGUAUAAUUAUAACACAUUUUGCAUUACAAACUAGAUGGAAAACAUCAAAUGACAUAGGAGUAGGAGUAAUCUGGUAAAUGCAGAGACUCAUUAAUGGUACACUCUCAGGAAAAAGGAACUAAUCAAGCAUGUGUCACUGGGGUGGUAAGCUAAGGGUUUGUCCAUUGUAUAUUUACUUAGAAGAUCACAACUGUAGAUGAACAUUAUUAAGGUACAUUUAGCUAGUGGUUGUUGUUGUUUUUAAAGCUUUGUCCCUCUGAAAUACAUUUUUUGGAAUGUAUAUUCACUCAUGACAUUAUGGAAUGCUACCUGAGGGCAAUGUUAAAUGCAUAAACGUGACAAGAUUAAUAUGACUCUAUUAGUAAUUUAAUUAUAUUCAUCCCUAUAAAGUACCUCGAAAGGAUAUUUUUUUGCAUGUAGGACUUUGGAGGAGACAGCAUCUUAAUCGGAGACAUUACUUAUCCUGGGGAGUGAACUUUAUAUGGAUAAAAUGAUGAACUACGCUUACUUAAAGUGAGCCAUGAGUAGGAGGAGUGUGCAUCGACUUAACAAACUUAUAAAAAAAUGUUAAUUAAAAGCACUAUAAAAGUAGCCUAGCCUACAUUGUGCAUAUGCAUUACAUUUUAUGGCUUUGAUUUACUAUCUUGUGUGCACAUUCAACAGCAGGAAUAACGAUUUUCACUCCUAAUUCACACUUCAUGUUUUCAGCUGCUGUAUUUAGUGCAAAAAAUAUGAUGUGCUGGAUCAAGUGCUAUUUUAUAAGCUGCCUAAUAAAGAAAAUGGAAGCCAUUUUGUUAAA